UUCCCUGCAGUGACAGUGACCGUGACCCGCUCCCGGGGGCUGGCUUGCCCGCACGCCCACAAACAGCCCAGCCUAAGGAGUCAGCCCGCAUUCCUGGCUGCUGCUCCCUACUGCUCAGAAGGAAAGCUCUCUCGGAAGAGCUGGGAAGGUGCCCGCCCCCGGCCAUGCUGGCGCCCGCGCUGCUCUGCGCCCACCUGCUGCUGGCGGCCCCCGCCUCGCGCGCCUGGCCCGGCGCCGCCCCGGACGAGCCCGGCCCCGGCGCGGUGGCGGCGCAGCUCAGCGACAUGCACGACAAAGUGACGGCCAUCUGGCAGCAGCUGACGCAGCGCGCGGCCGAGCCGGGGGCCCCGGGCUCCGCGCUGCACGCCGCCUGCCGGGUGCAGCCGUCCGCCUCGCUGGACGCCGCGCAGCCGCGGGUGAGCGGCCUCGUGCUGUUCCGCCAGCCGGCGCCCGGCGCCCCGCUCGAGGCCUUCUUCCACCUGGACGGCUUCCCGGCCGAGCGCAACGGCUCCCGCCGCGCCAUCCACGUGCACCGCUUCGGCGACCUGAGCCCGGGCUGCGAGGCCGCGGGGCCGCACUACAACCCGCGCGCCGCGCCGCACCCGCAGCACCCCGGCGACUUCGGCAACUUCGCGGUGCGCGACGGCCGCGUCCGGAAGCACCGCGGCGGCCUGGCCGCCUCCCUCGCCGGCCCGCACUCCAUCGUGGGCCGCGCCGUCGUGGUGCACGCGGGCGAGGACGACCUGGGCCGCGGCGGCGACCCCGCCAGCCUGGACCACGGCAACGCGGGCCGCCGCCUGGCCUGCUGCGUGGUCGGCGUGUGCGGGCCGCUGCCCUGGGAGCGCGCGGCGCGGGAGCACGCGGAGCGCAGGAAGCGGCGGCGGGACAGCGACUGCGAGGCCGCCUGAGCGCCGGCCCCGGGCGCCCCCCCACCCCGGGGAUGCGGCGGGGGGGGUGGGGGAGCCCCCUGCAGGCCCCGGCGCCCCUCCCCGCGCGCGCGCCCCCGGACCUGCACACCCCCCACCCCACCUCGACGCCCUCCCUCUGCCCCCUGCAGGCCCCGACGCCCCUCCCCGCGCGCCCCCAGACCUGCAUCCCCCGCCCCACCUCGACGCCCUCCCUCUGCCCCCUGCAGGCCC